UCUCUCUCUUCUAGACAACACUUUUACACCAUACAUACCGAUCUCUCUCUACUUGUGAUUUGCAUCUACUAAAUUCUAGAACGAUCUUCAAGAAACAAGAAGACAUGAGUUCAACUAGCAGAGCUUGGGUUGCGGCAGCGAGCGUAGGAGCUGUGGAGGCUUUGAAAGAUCAGGGGAUCUGUAGGUGGAACUACACCAUCAGAUCAAUUCACCACCACGCCAAGACAAAUCUCAGAUCCUUCUCUCAGGGAAAUAAGCUUUCUUCAUCGUCUUCGGCCAAGGUUGCGAGCACGGCGAUGAGGGAAGACAGGGCCAAGAAGCAGCAAUCGGAGGAGUCUCUCAGAAAAGUCAUGUGCUUGAGCUGUUGGGGUCCCAACUGAUCAUCUAACCCCCUACAACGAACUCAGCUCACAAAUUAUUUUGAAUUUUGAUUCAGAUCUGAAUGUAGCAAAACAGAUGCUCAAAUGUAAAUAUACUUGACAGAUGUUUUUGAUCUAUUGGACCAUCUUCAAUUCUUGUCAA